AUGGUAGGCCAGGGCAAAGGUGGAGGUAUGAACAAGGAGAGUGGCAAAAAAAUAACCCAACGUGGUGGGACAGGCAGCGGCGAGCAUGGGUGUGUGAAGAAAGCCCUUCGGUCGUGUACGCGAUGCCGAAGGAACAAGAUUAAGUGCGAUUCUAUGGCGACACGGCCGCAUGCGUGCACAAAUUGUGCGAGAAAAGGUGCAGAGUGCCACAUAGAUUAUGUUACGCCGCCGCAGAGGUCCAAAGAGAUGAAGUAUCUGUUCGAGAACGUGAGGUAUGUGGAGAAGAAGAUCGGCGGAUUGGAGGAUAUGUACGUGGAUAUUCUCGGGAAGAAUGGGCUAGAGAUGGCCUGCGAUGAUGAAAUACGGUGUCCGACGCGGAUCCUGAAAUUGAAUGGCGGGUUUGUUGUGUUUUGCGUUGACAUCGAGAAGGACGUGUUCUCUGUCAAUAACAUGAAGAUGAGCGCGAUGCAGGUUGAAAAAUCGUUCAUGAAUUUUAGAAAUAUGCUAACUUUUCUGCUGGAAAUAUACUUUAAGUGGGAGAAUGUUGAUCAGAUGACGUUUGACAGGGCAGUGAUGUAUGUGCGUGAGUUGACGGUUGAGAACUUGAUGGAGAGAAAUGAGCUUCUCCUGUUGCUUUGCGUCCUAAAUUUUUAUUUUGACAUUCCUAACAUCAAUUAUCUUGAUAAUUUUAAUUAUGUUAUUGAGAGUUACUGUAGAAAUGCUUCGUGUGGCGCAGAAGGAGACCUGAAUGUUGAUGAGGAUGUGCUAAGCAAGGAUUUGUUGGCUAAAUUGAUUGUUGGAAACGUAAGUAAUGGGAGUGUUCAAUUUCACAGUGAACUAUUUAUUAAAAAUUUCACCAUGUAUUUGUUUGUACAUAUUGUAUUGUAUGGACCGGAGUUUUUCAUGGAUUGCUUUAUGGAGAAGUAUAUUGGAACGUUGGAAUCGGUAAGGAAAAAAAUCAAUUUUGACAAAAACUGGGAAGUUAAAUGGGUCAAUUUCUACAUAAGAUUGUUCAAUUUGAUUGAGUGUAAAGUGUGUCCUGAAACUGAGGAAAUCGAAGAUAUUUUGUCGCAGAUUGAGAAAGAAAAGGAAAGCUAUGGUUCUUUGGAAUGCGCCAUAUCUUUAAUUAAGCUUGACCAAUAUAUAGUGGGUAUGAAGAUUAUUGAAACUAAGGAUAGGAUUUUUAAAGGCCUGUUGUUUGUUUUUGAAAAACUGGCGAAAGAUCUUGAUUUUUUAAUUGGAAGAAAUGAUUCUGAAGUAGAGGGUGAGCGAAUUUGUUUCAUUCAGAUGUUUUUUCAUCAAUUAUUUUCCUUGAAUGAGAUUUUAUGUGUUAACAGUUGUAAAAUUGAUUUAAAAUGCCCAUUUGUGUUCAAUGGCUUCAACUAUGAAAAUAGUAACCUCUACGAAAUACAGAGAAAAUCAAAUUAUGUUGGAAAGGUACUGGUUAGUGAAAAGGGGAUUUUUUCAAUGAUGGAAUAUUUAGGUUUGGGUAUAUCCAAGCAUAGUUCAAAUAUUGAUGAGGAAACGAGUAUUGUUAAUAUUGUUGAGCAAGAUCUCAAGAAUUAUGGUCUCGGACAUAAUUCAUCGCUGAAUAUCCUUAAGUCUUCAUGUCGAUUAAUAUGGGAUCUGUAUGAAAAAGUGGUGUUUUGGGAUAUGUUCGAUAAAGUGUUUGUUCAUUGUCCUUUUGCAUGGAAUGCUAAAGUGUUAUUAAGAUAUAAUGGCUUAUCAUGUGAAUGUGAGGAUGAUAGAUCUAAAGGUAGAAGUGUUAUUAGAGGGAAAGAAAUGAAAGGAAAAGAUUUUGAACAUAGUAAUGUAAAAUCUAGAAGCUGUAAGAAUGGUGUGGUUAAGUAUAAGGUAGAGAAUGACUGUUCCUUUGUAGAAGAAAGUGGUAGCGAGGGUGGCGAGAAUUUCACAUAUUUUAAAGAGGCAAGGAAUUUUGUAAACGUACCGGGAAUACCUGAAAAGAUUGAAGAUCAAUUAAGGGGUGGUAUAAAUCAGAUUCUUAAAGAUGUUGACUGGGUUAAGGAAAGCGCGGACGACGUGUUGAGAAAAAUACACGGAGUUAUAAAUUAA